CCGUGACAUCUCACAGGCAGCCCCGCCCCGGGGCAGCUCGGCCGGGCGGCGGGGUACCGGGAGAGGGAUGGCCCCCUGUCUCCUUCCACAAGGAGAAAGCGUCAGAUAGAGCCUAGCCCGGGAUGCGGCUGCUUCCCCCCGCGCUCUGCGCAUCGCCGGGGCCAGCCUGGAGCGGAGGGGUCACCCCAGGUACGGCCACACCGCCCCGACACCCGCUCCGGCACGGGCAGCCCGACCUUGUCUCGCUAGGGGCCGAACCUGGGAUUCGUCAUUCCUCUUGGAAAAACGGCAGCGGCGUUGUGUUUCUCCGUGACAUCCCACUCCCCCUGAUGCACAGGCCGGUUUUCCUUGAGCAGCAGAAUUCUCCCUCUGUGCGGUUCGUAGCACCGCAAAUCUCCCGAGUGCCGGCGCGGCCUCGCCAGCCAAAGGUUUCAUCCCACUUUUCUGUAAGUGCACAGUGCUGUCUGCUCCUUGGGAUUCAGGAUACAACAAGGAAAAUCCCCAGUAGAACAGGUUCGUCGGUGAAGGCACCAAUGGAAAUGUGGAGCACCAGCAGCACUGAGAAGUUUUACAGGAUCCCUGAAGGAAAGGGACCACACUCGGUUGGAUGUACAGACCUGAUGACAGAAAAUGCAGUUGAGGGAAGCUUUUUGCGCCUGUAUUAUCCGGCAUAUGAUGCCACAGAUAUCGAAGAGGCACGAUGGAUUCCAGACAAAGAAUACUAUCAGGGACUCUCUGACUUCCUUAAUAUGUAUCGAGUUGUAGGAGAACGGCUUUUCCGUUACUAUGUUGGUUCAGUGACCUGUCCUGCAAAGUCAAAUGCUGCUUUUAAGCCAGGAGAAAAAUACCCACUUCUUGUUUUUUCCCAUGGACUUGGAGCUUUUCGGACAAUCUAUUCUGCUAUUUGCAUAGAGAUGGCAUCUCAGGGCUUUAUAGUGGCUGCUGUGGAGCACAGAGAUGAAUCUGCUUCAGCCACGUAUUAUUGUAAAAGAAGGUCCGUUUCUGAGUCACAGCAAGAGUCUACACCUAACAUGGAGAAGGAGUGGAUCUACUACAGGAAGCUGAAAACUGGAGAGGAGGAGCGUUGCUUGCGCCAUAAGCAGGUGCAGCAAAGAGCACAGGAGUGUAUCAAAGCUCUCAAUCUCAUUCUUAAAAUAAAUUCAGGAGAGGAAGUAACAAAUGUACUACAUUCAGAAUUUGACUGGAACAGCCUAAAGGAUUCUGUUGAUACUAGCAGAAUAGCUGUGAUGGGACACUCUUUUGGUGGUGCUACAGUUAUUGAAAGUCUCAGCAAAGAAAUAAGAUUCAGGUGUGGCAUUGCCCUCGAUGUAUGGAUGCUUCCUGUAGGUGACGACAUUUACCAAAACAGCGUCCAGCAACCACUGCUUUUUAUUAACUCUGAAAAAUUCCAGUGGGCUGAGAACAUCUUAAAGAUUAAGAAGCUCAUCUCCAGUGACACAAACAAGAAAAUGAUCACUAUCAAGGGGUCAGUCCAUCAGAGCUUUCCUGAUUUCACCUUUGUGAGCGGAGGAAUCAUUGCAAGAUUUUUCAAAUUAAAAGGAGAAAUAGAUCCAAAUGAAGCUAUUGAUAUCAGCAAUCAUGCUUCAUUAGCCUUCCUACAGAAACAUCUGAGUCUUAAGAAGGAUUUUGAUCAGUGGGAUUCUCUUGUGGAUGGCAUAGGACCCAAUGUUAUUCCUGGAACCAAUAUUGACACAUCUCCAGCUGAACCUGAAUAAGGAAUAUAAAGAAGUACUGAAAAUGCCAUGGACAUCAGGACACUAAUAUUGGUCAGACAUGUGGUGGCAUUAAACACCUACAAAUCUU